AUGGUAUUAACUAAAGGAAAUCAGAGUGCUGGGACCACAUUCAUCUUGCUGGGUUUCUCAGAAUUCCUGGAUCUCCAGAAGCCCCUCUUCAUGGUCUUCUUGAUCAUCUAUACAGUCACGGUGGUGGGCAACCUGGGCAUGAUCAUGAUCAUCAGGAUCAACCCCAAACUCCACACCCCCAUGUACUUUUUCCUCAGCCACUUAUCUUUUGUUGACUUCUGCUAUUCGACUAUAGUCACACCCAAAUUAUUAGAAAAUUUGGUUGUGGAAGACAAAGCCAUCUCCUUUACAGGGUGCAUCAUGCAGUUCUUCUUGGCUUGUGUAUUUGCAAUUGCAGAAACAUUCAUGCUGGUAGUGAUGGCCUAUGACCGUUUUGUGGCAGUUUGUAACCCACUGUUUUACACAGUCAUAAUGUCCCCCAAAUUCUGUGCAUCAUUAGUAGCUGGGCCCUACACCUGGGGAAUAGCUGCUUCCUUGACACUCACUUAUUUUCUCCUGACAUUAUCCUUCUGUGGCUCCAGAAUUAUAAAUAACUUCGUCUGUGAGCAUUCUGUCAUUGUUUCUAUCUCCUGCUCUGACCCCUACAUCAGUCAGCUGCUUUGUUUUGCAAUUGCCGUAUUCAAUGAGGCAAGCAGCUUGGUGAUCAUCCUCACCACUUAUAUUUUCAUUUUUCAUACUGUCAUAAAGAUGUCUUCUGAUGGAGGACGCCAAAAAGCCUUCUCUACCUGUGCCUCCCACCUGACAGCCAUUGCCAUUUUCCAUGGGACUGUCCUGUUUCUUUAUUGUGUACCCUCCUCUAAAAACUCAGGGCUCAUAGUGAAGAUAGGAUCUGAGUUUUAUACAGUGGUCAUCCCUAUGUUGAACCCCCUGAUCUACAGCCUCAGGAACAAAGAUGUGAAAGAGACAGUCAGAAAGUUAAUAACCUACUCAAUGCAAUUUUGA